UUGACUUCGAUCAUAUAUUUUGAUAAAACCGAAACGAGAUUUUUCUCGAACAGAGUUAGGUAAAUCUAUAUAUAUAUAUAUAUGUAAGUAAAGCUUCGGUUGCAACUACAUUUAAGAAGGUCAGUAGUAUUAAGCAAGCACAUACUAUUUGUUGUUGCGUACCGACAUGUCAGAUUUUUCAGGUGAUGGCCAGCUCUGACAACUUAAAAAUGUAUGAAGUGAUAGUAUUAAAGGAAGGAUAUUCUGUUUCCGAUGGACCAGGUUUGAUGAAAGCAGCAGGAACAAUAACCUUGCUGAAAGGUCCACAAAAUAUAAUGGUAGAUACAGGAAAUCCAUGGGACAAACAGUUAAUUCUUGAUGGAUUAGAAAAGCAUGGUCUGAAACCAGAACAGAUUAGUUUUGUAGUAUGCAGUCAUGGCCAUGGAGAUCAUGUUGGUAAUAACAAUCUGUUUACUAAUGCAGUACACAUAGUGUGUUAUGAUGUAUGUGUUGGGGAGCAGUAUAUGUUACAUCAAUUUGACAAGGGUAUUCCCUAUGAGAUAGAUGAUUAUGUAGAAGUGGUGCCAACACCUGGACACACAGGGAAAGAUGUCUCAGUCAUUGUAAGGGAAACAGAUAAAGGCAUUGUCGCUAUUACAGGAGAUUUAUUUGAAUGCUUUGAAGAUCUACGAGAGCCAAGUUUAUGGCAAGACAAUAGUGAAAGGCCAGAAGAUCAGGAAGCAAAUCGUAUUGGCAUGUUACAAAUAGCAGACUAUAUCAUACCUGGCCAUGGGCCAAUGUUUAAAGUCCCAGAAAGUUACAAGACUCAGAUGCAAGUGGUCUUUUAUGAAGAGUAUACUGCUGUUACUCCUAGUGGUGUCAUUUCUGAGACAUCAGAAUACAUUGUGUAUGAUGAUGUGGUUUAACAGCAAUGUGGGAUAAUCAUGAUCAAUGACAUGAUUAAUCGUGAUCAGUGACAUGAUUAAUCAGGAUCUGUAGCAUUAUAAAUCAUUGUAAAGGUGACCGUACUUUUCAUUAUGAAACAUGUACUUACUAUACCUACACCUAAAUGAAUAGUGUUAUUGACAAUCUUCAGGUUUUGUGAGUUGAUUUACGCUUUGCUGAUAAACAUUAUUAGAUGGACCAGGCUGGCUAAAUAUGAUUUGCAUGGCUUUGGCAUUUGUUUUCAGCUGAAAGACAGAUAUAUAAUAUACUAUAUUGUGUUCAUACUUUCUUAUCUGUUUUAUUGACAAUAUCUGCAAUGUUGAUAUUAUGAAUCAAUAGAGCUUUUAAAAAAGUCAUUACUAUAAGGUCAAGUACAAAUAUGAUCAUAUUGCAAGUUGCAAAUUUUCUUAUCAUUUAUGAUUUCUUUGAAAAUAAUUACAAAAUUUUUAUUUACCUAAUUAUCAGGACAUGGUAAUAACACUAUGAAAAAGCAACCAAAAUGGAAUGGAUUCAUAUUCAUAUGAGUUAUGUGUCAAAACUACAUUUGUUCGUUAAUUUUCUAAUGCAUUUUAUGGUUAAGAUGUAUUGCAAAUCACUAGAUAAGGUGAAAUAACUCACUAACUGCUACAGAGCCUGUUUUCUUUGUUAUUUGCUUGGCUAGGUAACAAGACAGAUCACAAUGACAUGUUUACGUUAAUUGUAAAUUAAAACAAUGCACUAUCAUGACUAUGGAUUAGCAUAAUUUUUCUGACACUCUUGCACACAAUAUUUAGUGUACCUAUAAACUCAUGAAUUUAAUUAAACUUGCUUUUCUUUUUCAUGUCACUUGUAAUGAAAACUUUAAAAAAUAUUUAGAAUAAACACAAUUAAUCUUAAUUAAAUUGAUUGUUUACAUACAUGUAUUUCCCACAUUUGCAACGAAUUUAGUGCUAAGCAAAUAUUUAGUCAUUUUACCAUAUUAUUUUGUUAAUUGCUAACAUUCUACAGAAUCAAAAUAUUUAACUAUUCACAUUUAAAAAAGAAAUGCAGGCUCCUAUCAAUAUCUGUUGAGAUGUAACCUAGGCCAACAUAACUUUUGAAAACAAGUGAAACUGAUGUCCAAAAAAAUAACUCUGAUUGCUUUAGUCGUUUUAUCAUUUGUUAUAGCUAGAUAUUUAUAGCUGCACACUUUCAGCAUAAUACACUGCAUAUUUUUUUCAAAUUGCAGUAUCCAUGAUAUAGAUGUGAAGUUGUUUAAGGAGGACAUAGAUGUCUGUUUGUACAUAGUAUGAUGAUGAUAGUGCUACAGUAUAUAUUAUACAGAAUUAAUUUAACUGUUUUUAGUUUAAGAUUUUUUUCACUUUGAAUAACAUACAUUUAUUCCUUAAUGAAGCUUAUAAAGCUUGACGGCCUUCUUGGUGCUCAAAUUGUUGGUAUAGAGUAAAAAAUUUGGUUUGGUGAGCCCAAAUUCUAAUCAACUGCUAGUAUUCUUUGAAAUACAAAUUUAAUAGAGUUAUUAAUUAUCAUAUGAAUAUUUUUUUCAUAGAAAAUAACUUUGUAGAAAUUUCAAUCAUUUUGUAAUAUUUAUAUGGUACUGUUGAUGCAUUUAUCUUUGUGCCAGGGUACCAAUCUUAGUGGAUGGAGGAAAAAUUGUAUUUUUGUGGAUAUUUUUGAUUUUUUGGUUUUGCUAAAGUCGUCAUACAGCUUAGGGCUGUUCCAUAAAAACAUAUAUGGGACCCAGGGAAGGCAACUUAAAUAUGCCACUAUGGGUGGGUGUGAAAUAUUGUGUUUAACUGGUUUAAAAUUAUGCAGGACUCUAAAAUGGCUUCUAUGGGUGGUCACUCCGUUUUCAAAGUGCCUUCCCUGGGUACCAUGUAUGUUUUAAUGGAACAGCCCUUAUAGAAAAUUUACACUCAGUUGAACUUUUAAAUUUGUAGUUAAUCUAUACUUUCAAAAUCCACAGAAAUUGGUUACCCACAUAUAAUUAUGAAUCCUCAGUAAUACAUGAAUAAGUAACCAUUCCACUAAUGUAUUCCAAAACAUGACCAUUGCUAGUUUUCUAGUCUAUUCCCUUUUGAAUUUGGUCAUGCUUUUUUCAGAUAGAUUUUUUAAUAAUUAAUAUAUCAAAAAAGUUUGAUAAUUUUUACACCUAAACUGAAAACCUCUUCUACAGUUACGCAAUGCUUUUUUUAUUUUAUUACCAUCAGAUGUGUUGUUUCUUUUAUUUACUUUAGAGAAUACUCUUUUUGUCUAAGAAAACAGAUACAUGUUCGUUAUUGUACAUUGUGUUUAUUAUUAUCAUUUUUAUACGACUGCAAAAAUUAAAAAUUUUUUGGUCGUAUAUUGGUAUGACGUUGGCGUUGUCGUCGUCGUCGUCGUCUGGCGUCGUCCGGCGUCAUCCGAAGACACAUUGGUUUUCGCACUCUAACUUUAGUUUAAGUGAAUGGAUCUCCAUGAAAUUUUACCAUAAGGUUCAAUACCACGAAAGGAAGGUUGGGAUUGAUUUUGGGGGUUAUGGUACCAACAGUUAAGGAAUUAGGGGCCAAAAAGGGGCCAAAAAUAAGCAUAUUGUAACUUCCAGACAAUAACUUGUGUGUAAGUGUAUGGAUCUCUCUGACAUUGUACCACAAGGUUCCAUAUCACAAAGGGAAGGCUGUAAUUGAUUUUGGGGGUAAUUGCCUCAAAAUUUUAGGAAUUAGGGGCCAAAAAAGGGGCAAAAAACAAGCAUUUUUCUAGUUUCAUGACAAUAACUUGUGUGUAAGUGUUUGGAUAUUUCUGAAAUUGUACUACAAGGUUCCAUAUCACAAAGGGAAAGCUGGAAUUGAGUUUGGGGGUAAUUGCCCGAAACGUUUAGGAAUUGGGGGCCAAAAAGGGGCCAAAAAUAAGCAUUUUUCUAGUUUCCAGACAAUAACUUGUGUUCAAGUGUAUGGAUCUCUCUGAAAUUGUACUGCAAGGUACCAUACCACAAAGGGAAGGCUGGUAUUGAGUUUUGGGGUGAUGAAUCAUAAGGGGGUUCAAAAAAUUUGGGAGGGGGGAUUUUUUGUUUUUCUUUUUUUUUUUUUUUUUCCUUUUUUUUUUCUUUUAAAAUUUUCCAUUUUAAGUUGGUUAUUUCUGAUUAAUAUUUAAAAGCAAAUAAUAAUGAUAUGGUAGGAGAUACACACCAAACAGGAUGUGUAAAUUAUUAUAUAAUAAGUAUUGUGCAAUAGCAAGAAAUUUUCAAUUGCACAGUAUUGCACAAUAGCAAGAAAUCUUCAAUUGCACAGUAUUGCGCAAUAGCAAGAAAUCUUCAAUUGCACUGUAUUGCGCAAUAGCAAGAAAUAUCCAAUAGCACAAUAUUGCGCAAUAGCAAGAAAUUGUCAAUUGUACAGUAUUGCGCAAUAGCAAGAAAUUUUCAAUUGCACAGUAUUGUGCAAAAGAAGAUACUUCGUAUAAAUUGCUUAUUUCUUGAUCAAUUUCAAUGGGUUUUAUUCUUGAAUUCUUGGGGUUCUUUAAUAUGCUGAAUCUAACCGUGUAUUAAGUUUUUGGAUUUUGGGCCCCAUUUUUAAAUUGGUCCACAUUGAGGUCCAAAGGGUCCAAAAUUUAACUUUGUUUGAUUUCAUCAAAAAUUGAAUUAUAUGGGUUCUUUGAUAUGCCGAAUCUAACGGUGUAUUUAGAUUCUUAAUUUUUGGUUCUGUUUUCAAAUUGGUCUACAUUAAAGUCCAAAGGGUCCAAAAUUAAACUUAGUUUGAUUUUAACAAAAAUUGAAUUUUUAGGGUUCUUUGAUAUGCUGAAUCUAAACAUGUAUUUAGAUUUUUGAUUAUGGGCCCAGUUUUCAAGUUGGUCCAAAUCGGGGUCCAAAAUUAAACUUUGUUUGAUUUCAACAAAAAUUGAAUAUAUGGGGUUCUUUGAUAUGCCGAAUCUAACCAUGUAUUUAGAUUUUUGAUUUUUGGGCCCCGUUAUCAACUUUGUCCACAUUGAGGUCAAAAGGGUCCAAAAUUAAACUUUGUUUGAUUUCAUCAAAAAUUGAAUUCUUGGGGUUCUUUGAUAUGCUGAAUCUAACCAUGUAUUUAGAUUUUGGAUAUUGGACCAUAAUAGGUGAAUGUCAAAUUUAAAAUUUUUAAGUUCUUAGACCACAUUCAUCCUGUCUCAGAAACCUAUGCUGUGUCAAAUAUUUAAUCACAAUCCAAAUUCAGAGCUGUAUCAAGCUUGAAUGUUGUGUCCAUACUUGCCCCAACUGUUCAGGGUUCGACCUCUGCGGUCGUAUCAAGCUGCGCCCUGUGGAGCAUUUUAUUUUUGCAAAGCAAAAACUCAUUAAUUUGAAAAUAUAUAAUACCAACCCAUAAUUGAAAGACAACAGCCUUAAAGCUAGAAUAUUUGAAUUUGUAUCUGUAGUUUUAGUGCUUUUCUCAAAGACAUAGCACUAAUUAUUUCAAACAGAAGUGGUAAAAGAGGACAAACAUCAAAAAGAUUUAAUGAAUUAAAGAAGACACUUGAGUUCAACAUUUAUGAGACAGAAACCCAACAUCAACCAAAUCCAUAAUAAAGUCCACUUCAUUUUAACUUGGGUGGAUAGUUGUCUCAUUUGCAAUCAUACACCAUUCUUUGGAUGGUUGUAUCACAUAUAUCAUGCUUCACCCAGUGUAGCCUUCAUUUAUUUGUUUACCCUUGACUGUGAUAUUAAUUGAAAAAUACUAUGAGAACUUUUAGAUCAUAAAUAUUCAUCAAGUCAACAAAGUAAAUAAUUGCACUUUCUCUCUGCAUUGUAUGUUUGAUAUGGGUUAUUUUACAUAUAAUGUAUUACAAUAUUAUAUAUCUUCUUUUAUUUAAAUGAUUAAAUUGAGGACUAUUCUGAUUAAAAUGGAUGUGGGUCGGGGGGGAGCAGGGUUGGAAAAGACUGCAUCACAGACCAACAUACUUUGAGCAGUUUGAAUGGAAAAGAUAAACAACCAUAUAUAACUUACAUCAAGUUCAAUCAAUUAACCUUCCUUUCUUAUCCUCCCACGUUCAUUUUACUGGAAUAAUCCUGAAUAUUACUUUCAUAUAUUUAUUCAAGGCUUAAUGAUAUACUGAUGCAAUAUUAUUAUUUUUUUCAAUCAUGUAUUUGUUUUGAAGUGCUAAAGUUUACGAGUGAUUAAAAGUUAAUUAUG